CCUGCUCUCUGUGCCUGCACCGCGCUCCGAGCUGGGCUGGAGGACUCCCUCUCUCCAAGGACAGCAAGUGAACAGGAACUGUACCUUUUGAUACUCCCAAAAUGAACCACAGCAACUGCAAUGUCACAGCCUAUGAAGGAUUUUCACUUGUCCAGCUGUCCGUUUACAUCCCAGUUUUGAUUUUGGGCAUUGUCCUGAAUGUGUUGGCGCUGUGCGUGUUCUGUUGCAAACUCGGCAAAUGGACAGAAACCAGAGUAUACAUGGUCAACUUGGCGGUGGCUGACUGCUUGCUGCUCUUCACCUUGCCGUUCAAAACUCUKUCCCAGUUCCAGCAGCUGAAGGUGGGUGGAUGGUGCCUGCUUCUGGAAGGUUGCUAUUUCAUAAACCGCUUCAUGAGCAUCGGUAUCAUCACCAUCAUAGCCGCUGACAGGUACCUCGCCAUCAAGUACCCUUUGAGAGCUAAGGCACUGAGGUCACCUCUGAAGGCAGCUUUUGCCUCUGGAUUGCUUUGGAUAGUCAUYAUCUGUGAGGUUUCCAUCAUUAAAAGCUUAGAGGACCGAAGGCAAGAUGACCUCUGCUUUGAAAAAUCUUCUGUGACACCCUCAGUGGUCACACUGUGUACCAUUAUUCCAGGGUUUUUUGUACCACUGCUCAUCGUGAGUUACUGCUCCAUAAGAACCAUUGCAGAACUCAUGAGAAAGAAGAAUGAAAACGGUCACAAUGAAAAGUUAACCAGAAAGGCUGUUUACAUUGUGUCUGCAAACAUGGCAGUGUUCAUCAUAUGCUUUUUACCUCUUUACCUCGGGCACCUCCUCCGCUUCGUGAUGGACUCCAUGAACUCCAACUGCUCUUCAAUCCAGAGCAUUAACAACUUCGUCCACUUCGCCUCCAUCGUCGCAAACACAAACUGCUGCCUGGAUGCCAUUUGCUACUACUUUGUCAACAAGGAAUUUAAGGAAGCAUCUUCCAAGCUAGCAAAGACCAAAUCUGAAGCCAGUGAAGAAGGUGGAAUUCCGCUCUCACAAGUAACACAUUAAUGCAAAACACAUGCAGCACACAUUUUAUGUUUGCUGUGUUCAGCUGGGACUCACUA